AUGUCGUUGACAGCCGAGAGAAACGAACAGUUCUCGGAGCGCGAGUACUGGGAGCAACGGUAUGCGGACGAGAGCGAGCAGGAUUUCGACUGGUUCAAGACGUACGAUGACCUCAAAGAUGUAUUCGAUGACCUGAUCCCAAACCGCACCGCGCGCAUCCUCAUGCUCGGCUGUGGCAACUCGACCCUCUCUCCCAGCAUGCACACCGCCGGCUACACCAACAUUGUCAACAUCGACUAUUCGACCACGCUCAUCCAACGCCUCACCGCCCGCUUCCCAGACCAAACCUUCCUUGUCCAAGACAUCACCACCCUUCACCAUCCUUCUUCCCUCACACUCCUCGGCGGCGCUGCGUCUUUCGACGUGGCACUGGACAAGGGCACCAUGGACGCGCUCAUGGCCGAGGGCCGCGGCGCAUCCCCCUGGAACCCGGGCGAGAAGGUGGUCCGCGACGUGAGGCAGAUGCUGAAGGGCGUGGAUACCGUCUUGAGGCCCGGUGGCAAGCUGAUUUAUAUCACCUUUGGUCAGCCCCACUUCAGGAGGCGGUGGCUGGAGGAGGUCGACGGUUGGCACGUCGAGACAAGGACACUCGGCGACAUGUUUCACUACUUUGUAUACGUCGCUACCAAGAAGGCAUAG